AUGUCGAAAAGAGGUCUCUCCCCGCCGCCCUCUGGGGGGAUAGUUAUAAAACGUGCCAAAGCUUCUCCUCCACCAUCAAACCAAAUUGCUAUUUCUUCUGCGGGUGAUGAUAGAAAUAAGGGACUUAUUCGUACUGUGCAGCGGACUAGUAAUUUGGAUGCACCUAUUAUCAGCUUAGCAGGAGCACAUUCGGGAGAAAUUACAAGUUGUAGGUUUGACCCUACUGGACAAAAUAUUGCAGCUUGUUCAACAGAUAGAAGUAUCUCCUUCUGGCGAACUUAUGCACCCAACACUAACUACGGCCUCCUCUCAAGCCACGCAAAAGCUCCCAUUCUCGACAUUCAAUGGUCCCUGUUCUCCCCACUCAUUUACUCCGUCUCUGCAGACCACACUCUCUGUAUGACCGACGUAACGACUGGCCAGCGCACCCGCAAAAUUCGUGCCCACCGCGAGAUCAUCAACACGGUUGAUCGCACCAUGGCCAGUGGGUCUGGCGUCGAACUCCUUGCUACGGGAUCAGACGAUGGGACGGUCAAGAUUUGGGAGGGUGGGGAAGAAGCUGGAAAGACAGCAGUUUCCACGUUUGAUAUUGGAUGUCCGGUCACAAGCGUUUGCUGGAGCGCAGAUGGGAACAGUCUAUACAUCGGCGCUAUCGACAAUGAAAUUCACGUCUAUGAUCUCCGCAAAGGUGAACAGGUGUCAUCACUCCUGGGACUGACAGACACUCCGACAUCCCUGUCCCUUUCACCGAACGGAAAUUUCCUCCUCUCACCUUCACUCUCAUCUCAGACAAUUGUUUGGGAUGUUCGCCCCUUUUCUCCUACACCAUCGCGGAUACACCGCGUCCUGCAUGGCGCCCCGGCUGGCUUCGAAAAUACCUUAUUGCGAGGUGCUUGGAGCAGGGACGACGGCGGAAAACGCGCGGCUGUUGGUGGUGCCGACAGGGCAGUGUGCAUCUGGGACGUAGACAGUGCCAAAAUUCUCUACAAGUUGCCAGGUCAUAAGGGGACCGUCACGUCUGUUGAUUUCCAUCCUAAAGAACCUAUCAUCCUGACGGGAAGCAAGGACGGAACAAUGUUGUUAGGCGAAAUCGAAGUUGGCCUUGACGUAUAA